AUGGAGUACCAGUAUCCCCCUUCCGCUGGCACCAGCAAGACCAUCACCAUGCGCCUCCCCAUGGGGGUCUACUACGCCACCAUCCGCCCCACCAUGAAAGAGGGCGACGACAUCUAUGCUGCGCUUCGCGGAGCUCUCGUGGGCAAGAUUGGUCCACUCUUCAACAUCAUUGUGUGGCACCCGACCGCCAAGCAGAAAGUCCGCCUGGACUAUAAACACCUUCACCCCAACAUCGCAUACCGCAUCGAAACGACCCUUAAGGGCCGUCAGCAAGGUCCCGGCGUAUCGGCCUCCGGCGCCUACAAAAAGGUGCAGAGGCAUCUCGAGGCCAUCUGCGGGCACUGGAAGCUGUCUGAAGGCAGUGAAAUUCUGCCUGAGAAGAUCGCUCCUCGCGAUGAUGAAGGCAAUUUGCCGUGGAGGCUAGACGACAGCGAGAAGGCGACAUGGGGCCAGCAACGAGCGGAGACUGCAGGACUGCGAUGGCCUGGCUGGCUACAAACACCGCAGACCAGGCGUACGCGCACCUACCACAAGGAGGUAGCGGCUACACAGAUGUUCGCGGGUGGCCUGGCGGAGGCGGUACAGCAGGCCCUGGAGCAGACAGAGGGUGAGGGAGCGGCAGUUGGAUCGGCGUACGAGGAGGCUGGCAGAUUCAACAUCGGUACCCACUUCAGAUCUGCUUGA